AAGUAACAAGCAAUUGGUUUAUUGGCUGAAACAUGAGGUAACCACCGGCUCCCAAAGAUUCUGACGGCCCAAAAACAAGUUGUCCCAAAAUCAUGAAAAAAAUCAAAGGAACAUGAACUGGUGGUUUCUCCACUUAUCCUGUUUUUAUGUUUCUUUCUUACCUGUUACAGUAUAUUCUCAUCUCUCUCUCUCUCUCUCUUUCCUCGUUUCUACCCAACAUUAAAAUUUGCACUCCUGCUGUUUUGCGGGUUUGAGUUUGGUUUCUGCGAUCUCUGCUUGUGCUAUUUCUAUGUUCGCUUUUCUGCGACCUCUGCUCUACAUUUCAAAACGAGCUUCCUCCUCUGUGUGUUGAUCUUCUAUUUUCUGCGGCCUAGUGUUUCCACUGUUUUCUGCUUCCUCUUUGGCUGAGUUUAUCUGAUUUCUGAAGAAGAAAUGGCUGCCAAUUUCUGGACAUCAUCUCAUUAUAAACAUCUUCUGGACCAGGAAGAUGUGGAUAUGGUGAAUACACUUGACAAGGAAAAGGGUAUCACACUUGAGGAUUUUAAGCUCAUUAAGAUGCACAUGGCCAAUUAUAUUUUGAAAUUGGCUCAACAAGUAAAAGUGAGGCAGAGGGUUGUUGCCACUGCAGUUACAUAUAUGAGGCGCGUUUACACCAGGAAGAGUAUGGCAGAAUAUGAUCCACGCCUGGUAGCUCCAACAUGCUUGUACCUUGCAUCAAAAGCAGAAGAAAGCACAGUGCAGGCUCGGCUUCUUGUAUUCUACAUUAAAAAAUUAUAUGUUGAUGAUAAAUAUAGAUAUGAAAUCAAGGACAUACUUGAAAUGGAAAUGAAGAUUUUAGAAGCACUUAAUUAUUACCUGGUUGUAUACCAUCCAUACCGUUCACUAUCUCCGUUGCUUCAGGAUGCAGGUCUGAAUGAUCUAAGCAUGACUCAACUAACUUGGGGGCUUGUAAAUGACACAUACAAGAUGGACCUAAUUCUUGUACAUCCUCCACAUUUGAUUGCUUUAGCUUGCAUAUACAUUGCUAGUGUUCUCAGGGAGAAAGACACCACUGUCUGGUUUGAAGAACUUCGUGUUGAUAUGAAUGUGGUUAAAAACAUAUCAAUGGAGAUACUUGAUUUUUACGAAAGCAUUAGAAUGUUCACUGAUGAGAGAAUCAAUGCUGCUCUACAGAAGUUGACUUUGAGGCCCUAAAAGCUUAGUGGAGAUGAGUCAAUGCGGAAUAUAUGUGGAAUAAAUUGAUGCUAUAUUGGCUGGUCUGAAUGAUUUUCUUGAUCGCUUCAUGAUAUUUUUGGGAGGAAAAGUAUAUUCACUAGCCUGUCAAUGACAUAUUCUACGGUUAUCUUUAAAAAAACGUGACACAUUCUGCAGUAUCGCUUUCUAAAUGUAAACAAUAGCAAGGGCACAUAAUAUUGGGGGCGAUUCAGAAUGUCCUGUUAAGAGCAAAAUGGUGGGGAUGAAAAAGGUGAUUCAUGACGAGGACCACCAAGACUCCCAUUUAGUUCAAAUAGUCUUUUGUUUUAUGUAUUUAUUUUUGUCAUAAAUCGAUAUCAUUAAACAGUAAACAAUUUUUUAAACAUUUUACCAUUAUUUUUAAUGAGAUGGUCAAUUUAUCAUUGUUUUCUCGAUCACUUUGUAAGUCGAUGCUGUAACUCGAAUACAAGGUACAACUGUUUUCUUCAUUAAGACAAGUUAGCUACAACAUAGAUAUAGUACUUAACUGAGUUUUAU